AUGGCCUUUGGAACUCUGUAUACGUACACUCCCAACGCACGGAUUUUGAAGAUCCAAGCUGCAGCUCAGAUCAAUGGCCUCAACAUCUACCUCGCUCCCCAUUUCCAGAUGGGCGUCACCAACCGCUCGCCCGAGUUUCUCGCAAAGUUUCCCAUGGGCAAGGUUCCCUGCCUGGAAACUUCCGAUGGAACGCUUCUGUUCGAGUCCGAUGCCAUUGCUCAGUUCAUCGCUGACAGUGGCCCUUGUCGCGAGCAGUUGCUUGGGCGCGAUGCCCUCGAACGCGCCUCCAUCCGGCAGUGGAUCUGCUUCGCCGACCAUGAGAUCAUGAACCCGGUCAUUCAACUGGUGAUGUGGCGAGUUGGCAUGGCGGCAUUCGGCGCCACGAUCGAGGAGCAGUCUAUGGCCACUCUGCGCCAGGGACUGCAGUGUCUCGAGAGGCAUCUGGCAGCACGACAGUGGCUGGUCACUGAAGGAACACUGAGCCUGGCAGAUGUCUCGCUGGCGAGUGCUUUAUACUGGGGGUUUAUGCAGGUGAUUGACACAAAGAUGCGCGAGGAAUUCCCCUCGGUGACGCGAUGGUAUCACCAGGUCAUCGCCCAGGAGGAAAUCCGCAGUGUUUUUGCCGAGGCGACUUUCAUCAGCGAGAGACAAGAGCACCCUUAG